UAAUGAAAACGCUUGAAACCAGAUGAAUGGAAUAACCUAUGUUUUAUUUCAAAGAAGAAAAGUGAUUAGUUAAAACUGGGGUUUUCAAAAAUUUUGAACUUCAUCGCUAACUUGUGCAUGUACUUGUGCGGUCGCUGUUACGCAUAUUUACGAAAAAAGUUUGUUUUCCAAGUGAUUGAAACCAUGUGGCGGAUUUGAAAUUAUUUUCUCAUUCUACGACAGACUUUUCAGUUAAACAAUAAAACACGGUGACGCUCAUUUACCAUCUAAUUUCCGAACCUCAUGGAUUAAAGCCAAUUCCUGGAAUUGUAAUGGCAGUCAAUUCUGGUAACAUUUCAACGUGACAUAAUAAAAAUAGGUACGUUCGAAACGAAGCGAUAAAAUUACCAUGCUACUUUUGGCAGCAUUAAUUUUACAUAUGGUGCUGGGAAAUGUUGAAUCAUUGGACAACGAUACCAUUAUACGACAUUUUACCGGCGAAAAUGAUUCAAAACACAGUACUUUAGCAAUAGAUAAGGCUAAUCCAAUGAUAAACAAGCUCACACCGCCUCUACAAGGAAUUUGGUACACUACUGUUCUAAUUGAAGGGAUAAAUUUAUGCUCACCAACAAUUAGCAACAUUUGCAACAUCACUGUAGCUGGUUUACCUUGUAUUCCUAUGGUGAAUUCACCAAAUUACAAUCCACCAAAAGUAAUUCAGUGCCAGAUGAAUCAAACAAUCGAAAACCCAGAAUUUGAUAAAACAGGACCUGUUGUGGUUCACAUGGGAACAAUUUCUGCUAUUUCUCCACAGAAUUUCACAUUAAUUGUGCCAAAAAUGAUAUCCAUAUUGCCAAAACAAGGGCCACUUUCAGGAGGAACUGAACUCACCCUCAAGGGAAAUUUCAUAGAUGAUGGUUCUGUUGAAGUUGAUAUUGAUAAAAUUGCUUGUGAAGUAUUCUUCAAGAAUACCAGUCUAAUGAAGUGUCGUACACCUGCAUUACACAAAUCAAUGAACUGUUACAUGAGUAAGAAUUGUAAUGUGAGUGUAACAUUUAAAAAAAAUCCUAGCGUAAAUUUUAGAAACGGAGAAUUCAAAUUCAACUAUUUAGAGGACCCGAACAUUUCUAGAUUUGACAUUGAACCACCUAAAAGUAUACCAGCAGGAGGUAUCCAGCAAUUUAUAUUUGGAAAAAACUUUGAUUCAAUUCAAAAACCACUGUUUUACAUUUACAAUGAGGACAUGACGAAACGAUACGAGUCAGAAUGCAAAGUUUGGAAUUCGGGUGCUGGAUUGAUUUGUUUGACACCUGAUAUUUCAGAUAUAGAUAGCUCAUCCUUCAACAAAAAUAAUCCAAUCAGAUUGAAUUAUGGAUUUGUAAUGGAUAAUGUUGCUCAUGUACAAAAUAUCUCCAUGAACACUUCCCACAAAAACUUUACAAGGCUCAUGUUGUACCCUAAUCCAACAUUUAAAUCAUCUAAUGAAGAAAUCAAGACUUCUUCUAUAGGUAAUGAUGAAAUUCUAAUUAUUGAGGGGGAAAAUGUGAAUUUGGCGUGUAGAGAAACUGAAAUAAUUGUAAAAGUUGGUGAUCGCAGUUGUGAAACAGAACUUUUAACACCACAGAGACUCAAUUGUCAUCUACCACCACCAAAUAGCUUAAGCAAAUCAGAUGAAAUUGGCGAUGAGCCUCUAAACGUCACUGUACAUAUUGGAUCAAAGUUACAAGUGAUUGUUGGGAAGUACAAUGUGAAAUCCCCACGGGAGUCUAUGAUUGUUGAUGAGUACAGUGUAAAAUCCUCAUGGGAUUCGAUGUCUUAUAUUUUAUAUGGUGGUGGUAUAAUAGUAUUGAUUAUAAUAAUCUCAAUCACAGUCACAUUCACAUAUAAGAAGUUUUCUAAAAAAUCACGAGACUUGAAAAAAGUGUACAAACGUCUAAAUGAAUUGGAACUGGGAGUAGCCAAAGAGUGUAAAGCAGCGUUUACUGAUUUACAAACCGAAAUAACCGAUCUUACCACUAAUUUCAAAUUAGAAAGAAAACUACCAUUUGUUGACUAUCAUACCUAUGUAAUGAAUAUUAUUUUCCCAGGUAUCAAAGACCAUAGCAUUAUACUUAACGAAACACUUGAAAUAUUAGAUAAAGAACAAGGGUUACAAUUGUUCAACCAAUUACUUCUUAAUAAAACUUUUCUACUGCUGUUUGUUCAAACGCUUGAAAAUCAUGUAGAUUUUUCAAUGAGUGAACGAACCCAAGUGGCCUCUAUGAUGAUGAUAACUUUACAAAAUGACAUGCAAUACUGCACCAAUAUCAUCAAGACAAUGAUUAGUCAGCUGAUUGGAAAAUAUGUCAGAGGUAAUAAUGAUCCCAAACUUAUGUUCAGACAAGGUGUUGGUAUUGUUGAAAAAAUGCUUUCCAUUUGGUUCAGUUUCCUACUUCACGGAUUUCUCAAGGCGAAUGCCGGAGAGCCAUUGUAUAGAUUAUUUUGUGCCAUAAAACAACAUGUCAAUAAAGGUCCUAUUGAUGCUGUAACAUCCAAUGCCAGACACUCCCUCAGCGAAGAUAAAAUAAUUCGGCAAGAUUUCGGUGAUUUCAAAAUGAUGACCAUUCAUGUAACUGUUCCCCUACAAACUGCUCUGUUGACUGGUUUGAAAUCAAUAGUUGUAGAAGAACUAGUCAAGGUACUGGAUUGUGACACAAUAUCUCAAGUAAAAGAAAAAGCCAUAGAUGUGAUUUAUGCCGACAUGCCUUACAGUCAACGCCCAGAUUCAUCAUCAACAGAAAUAGAAUGGAUAGAUGAUAAACUGUUCACAACACCCUUAUUUGAUUAUGAUUCUACUUCAAAAAUAGAACACGAAUGGAGACGACUGAAUACUUUGCAUCAUUAUGGAAUUCCUGAUUUCAGCAAAUUCAAUUUGGUUUCAGCUAAAAUCAGAAGUAUCAGUAAUGCAUCCACACUGAGGCUCAAUAAAGUCGAGACACCCGGUUUGACGAGAACAACGAGGACAAUGAAAUCAAUAAAAAAGAAAAUCGUCAAUUCUUUAACAGCACCUAAUACGCGACCUAAUGAAACAAAUCACAAAACAUGGCACCUGGUUAAACCUGAAGAUCACUGUGAAAUCAAUUGUAACAGCACUAAAAAAGAUACUCGAGGUGAUAAACUGGUUUCUGAGAUCUAUCUAACCAGACUAUUAGCGACUAAAAGCAUUUUGCAGAAAUUUGUCGAUGAUUUAUUUGCGACUAUAUUCGAUGCGAAGCGUGAAGAAAAGGGGCCGCCAUUGGCAGUAAAAUAUUUAUUUGAUUUCUUGGACAGUCAAGCAUCGCAUCAUGGUAUAACUGAUCCUGAUGUUGUACAUGCUUGGAAAAAUAACUGUUUACCUUUACGAUAUUGGGUGAACUUGAUAAAAAAUCCUGAUUUCAUAUUUGACAUACAUAAAUCAAAUGUGGUCGAUUCGUGUCUUAGUGUGAUUGCUCAAGCAUUCAUGGAUUCUUGUUCAACUUCAGAUAAUCUUUUGAGCAAAAAUUCGCCAGCUUCCAAGUUACUUUAUGCAAAGGAUAUUCCCAUAAAUAGGAAACGAGUGAAAAAAUAUUACUCGGAUAUCAAAAGUUUACCAGUUGUACACGAAAAUGACAUGAAUGCCAUGUUGAAUGAAAAAUCACAUCUACAUGAAUGUGAAUUCAAUACGAACUGGACCGAGUGAAGCAAGGGCGAACGUUUUUGAAAAUUUGAUUUUGAGAAGCCUAAAAGCGUUUUUUUUUUCAGGAAGUUGAUUUUGAAAAAAAGAGGCCAGGCCUGAGCGAAGUGAGGGCGAAAACUUUUGAAAAAUUUGUAUUUUUAGAGAAUUAAAAACGAUGUUUUUUUAUGCAAGGAGUUCAUUUUUUGGGUUUUAAAAUUUUAGAAUUCAAAAGAUUUUUUUAGGAUGUUGAUUUUGAAAAAUAAAAGAGAACAGGUCCAAGUGAGGGCGAAAGCUCUUGAAAAUUUGCAUUUUGAGAGUCACAGAAACAACACUUUUUAUGCGAGAAGCUCAUUUAAAAAAAAAAAAAAAAAAAAAACUUUAAAAAAGUUGAUUGACAUUUACUUUUACUUAGAAAUUUCAAUUUUCAAAAAGAAAAAAAAACGAGCCCGAGCGAAGCGAGGACAAAACUUUUUGAAAAUUUAUGUUUUGAGAAAUAAAAAAACGGUUUUUUUCUCAUCACAGGCCCUUCUUUUACCGGACUCUCCAGAAAACGUGGGUCCGGAACAAUCUUUCCCCUUUGUCUUCUUCUUGACGGUCGUGAUUGGGACCUAUUUUCAGCCCCCCAUCCUGACUGCAUAGAGUCGAAGAAUUGUUCAUCUUAUAAAAAACAACAUUCCACUCAAAAAGCCAGUUUCCUAGUAGGCCUAUCUUAAUUCUAAAGUAGGUAGGUAUGUUUUGAUGCCUCUGAACGUUUUUUUCUUAUUCUCCAAAUUUGAAACUACCCAAUGUCAUUGUGAUGUUUCGUCAUUUUGUUUGUUUUAGUUUUCAUUUCUUUAUUAUAUGUAUUAUUUCCAGUAUUUUGUUUGUUGUUUACUCACUAAUUAGGUAUUUAUUGAUUACAUGUCACCAAGUGUUUGUCACUAUAUUUCUGUUCAUUUCAAUUGUUUACUCAUUUUCAUAUAUUUUUUGCACAUGUACCUAUAUAUUUUUUAUCAUUUUAUAUUUUGUUGUCCUGUAGUAAUCAUAAUUCGGUCCUCACUAUAUAAAAAAUAACUCAUAGGAUUUGCAUCUGAUCACUUUUUGGCCAAGUAUUUUACGUAUUUUAUUUCCAAUGAGAUAAAGAUGGCUUGGAUGUAAAUGUGUUAAAAACUUAAAAUGAGGUAAAAACACUCAACAACGCUACAAACUCUUAUAACAUUACCUUCUAAUCUAAAUGUGAUAAAAUUUCAAUAAAAUUUAACGAAUUUUUAGUAACAAUUGCAA